AUGGAAAACUGGCCCUCUAGCAACCGUAGGUCACGACCCUCAGCUAUUAGUUGCAAGUAUCCUGAAAUGGCCUAUAAGCUGGAGGCUGCGUCUAUCAAAUAUACCUCGGCUUGGUUCGAGGGCUGGGCGGGUACUAUCCUCAGCUGGGCCUUGAUCGUACUGCUCGCUCUCUUUCAAGUGGGCAUUUUCGCCAUAGGAAUGGUUAUGAUCUACACGAGCCAUGCUGGUAUCGAUGAGAGCAGUUCAGAUUUCGCCCUUUACAAAAACUCCCGCUUCCGCGAAUGCGCCAAUACCUCACCUGAACAGGUGAAUUGCACCUUACUACAGGGAAAUGCGCUUAACGGGUAUCGACCCCCCGCUCAGAACGAUCCGCAGAAUCACUUCUUGGUGUAUAUGACGUUUCGUGAUUUUCAAGGGAACUCUUCUGAGCUUCCUACGUAUACAUGGUGCGAGAUGGUCAGCUGCUUGAAGGAUUUCAAGGUCCUUCCGACAGCAUUACGCCCAUCAGCUCUACAGCUCUCCAGUCUGAAGACAUGGUUUCAAUGCAACAUCCAAGCUAUUCUCGGAGCGUGGGCUGCUCGCACAUGGAUAGGCUCACAGUCGCGCCAGGCCCCCUCGGCAUGCAAAGGGAUGAGUUUCCUGGACUGGGCGCCGGCUGUCUACACCAUCGGCUCUACUUUAUACUGGUGGGCGGAAUUCUUCCGGUGGUGUACCAGGCCGGACUAUCACACCUCUGUCUCAGUCAUUACGUGGAUCUCUGUUUGGACGUUGGCGUAUCGAGUGCGAUAUCAUCCAUUCUCUUGCAGAUUCAAAAAGGACUCUUGUUAUAGGAAAGCCCUAACUUGGAUCCUAUGGACUACAGCUGCUAUCCAGUGGAUUAUAAGCUGUGUCCUCUUAAGGCGCAAUUGGAGAGAUCUUUUUCCUCCAAGACUCGACUUUGCAGAGAGAUAUGACUGCGUCAAGUCACAAGUGGCUUCUGCACCGGGACAGUCUCCCUGCAGUACAGACCAGCUCUGUUCGAUUUCGUGGUUAUUAACCAAUCCCGGGUGGAUAGGGUGGUCGUCAGAUCAAACAUCCGCGAAUUUAUUUGUCCAAUACGAUAUAGCGAGCAUCAUGCUUGUGAUUCUGUUCUCUUUCUCGACGGCUGCCUUUGUAUCUACCCCAUUGGCCACUACCAUCACAAGGGGUUAUGCUCUUCUCCAUCCCGAUCGGCGCGUCAAAAGAACCCUCUUGGGUGACUUGGCCUACAUUGACAAUAAACUAUCGGGACCUGUCGGAGCAGGAGCAGUCGCUGCGCUCGUUUCUCUAUGCAUUGGCGCCCUCUUAAUUGGCCACACCCCUGUAGCAUGGGGUUCGCUCAACAGAGAAGGGUCUGUCGCCUACGAUUUGGAUUGUACUGCAGUUCAUGUCAUUGCCAGUCCAUGGAGACAGUACAUGGACAUUGGGUAUGGCCGUGCCUUGAGGAUUAUCCGGAUGUGGUUUAAUAUUUGA